AUGUCGAAAAGAGGGCAAUAUUACACGUGGAGUGAAACAAGCAUGAAACUAGCAUUACAGGCAUUACGUAAUAGGGAAGUUGGCUUAAAUGAAGCAAGCAGAAUUUACGGUGUACCAAAAGCUACAUUAAAGAGACGACUUGAUGGCUCAAAUCAAACAGCCAAAGAAGAAAAACAAACGCCAGGUUCUGCAGGUGAUCUCACACCUGAAUUGAAAGAAAAGUUGCACCAACAUAUUCUAGAAAUGGAAGCCUGUUUGUACGGCCUAACACCAAAAGAUGUGAGAUCACUUGCUUUUAAAAUAGCUGAGAAAAACAAUAUUAAACACAGAUUUAAUAAAACAAAAAAAAAUGGCCGGGAAGAAGUGGUACUAUGCAUUUUUAAAGCGUCAUCCCAGUCUAAGUUUAAGACAACCCAGAGCUACAUCUUUAAAUAG